ACUGACGAUACUUGGCGGGUGUCAUAGUUUUGGAUGCUGAUGUGUGCGUGCGGUAUAUAAGAGGGUGGUCAGUCUGAGGGUAGGUAUCAUCCAACACAAGCAUCACUUCAAAGCAUCGACUUCGAUCUACUACACUCAAAUACAAGCAAUCGCACUUGCUAUACUCGACUACAACACAACCAAGUCAACUCAUCCAUCCACUACAAUGUCUUCCACCGCAAACACCCAGAAGAGGCAGAGCAUCCUCUCCUCCUUCGUCGCUCAGGCCAAGGCACACCACGAGGGUAUGAACCAGGCCUACUCCGCCUACUACGGCUCUGGUACCAGCACCCCCGCGGCAUCCACUCCCGCCUCUCUGGAGUCUUCCCGCAACAACUCCGUUGUCGCCGGCAUGGUCGAAGCCCCCAAGGGCAAGACCAACGCCUCCAAGCUGUGGACCGCCAUCAAGACCCACCACGACGAGAUGAACGCCGCCUACUCCGCUUACUACUCCCCCGGCAACUCUCGCGCCGCCUCGCCCCGCGCCUCCGCCUCCUCCACCCCCCGCGCCUCUAUUGAGGAGCCCCGCGAAGUCGCCCCCAGGAACCCAACCAACCUCUCCAAGCACUGGAAGCAGCUCAAGACCAAGGUCGUCGAGCACCACCGCGGCGUCAACGCGGCCUACAGGGCCGCCUACGGCCUUGGCUACUAAGCGACGAGAACUGAAAUGAGAAGAAAAGUGAUUUAUGCAAGCGUUGGAUUUGGACUGCGGUUCCGCAAUAUACCAUUUGACUUUGUCUGGUUGGGCGUUUUGAAUGGCAGAGAAAGAGAGAGAGGGAGAGAAGCAUGGGAUGGAGGAUGGAAACGGAAUACCCAAACACUACUUAAUAAUAUAAUUCGAGAUUGAUACUAUCAAGCCUACUUGCCUCACACUCUAUCGUUCUCUGCGUGACUUGAUUCUUACCUUGAGACACGCACUACACUAUAUGGUUGCUGAUCACCGUCGCGGUCGAUCGACAUACCCCUGCGCUACAAAUCAGCCUAGGACACAGAGUUCUAUACCUAAGAAGGGAGGGGGAAGGGGUCAGCUUGCCUAGUUGGGUCUCAGUCUUGAUACUGAACAGCUACUGUGCUCUGCUUAGAG